AUGCUCUGCACAGAGCAGCAGGGGCGGAUCCGAAUUCACUGGGAGCAUUGCCUGAUAAAUUCCUGCGAUUACUACCAGAAUUGUCGCGUGACAUUCAGUGUAGAGAAGCAUUACAUGGACAUCAUGGACAUGCUACGCCUUCUUCUUCAGUUAAGUCCUCGUAAUAUUGUACAAACAAGAUGUCCGAUUUUAUAUAGUUUGAUUUUAUAGUUCCAUACGCAGCAGUUUAGCGCAUUAACCCGUUUUUUAAUUCCGCCACCCCCUCAUCGUCCUAGAGACAUUCAAUAUUGGAACGCAUAGGAUAAGCCGAAAAUGAGGCGCCAAUAGACGCCAAUAGAGUAAUAUGGUCUUGGGGUGAUCAAUAACCUGGUAUCUUUCACGUACCUUGUGUGUGUGUGUGUGUGGUUGUUGGAUGAUUGCUCCAUGGUAUUCACUGUAAUGAAACACUUUCCUACGGAGUUGAUAAUUGAACGCUUACGUUGAAUUUCAUUUCCAUCCGCACAGCUUUUUAGCUCGUUUUCUAAUUCCGCCACCCCCUCAUCGACACCAACGAGCAGCUGUCCCACAAGACUUGUUCUACAAUGUGGUGGCGCUUCAUCAUCAUCGAAGAUUCCAUUAUCGAAGAUGGUUCCUCCUAGACCAUCUGGUUUUGCAGUUUCUACAUAUGGAUGUAGUCUUUUCCAUCUGCUUAGGCAGACAAACAUCACGGCUCCCCUUUAAGCUACACACCUUCCAGGGGUUUGCUGAGGCUCUUGGUCAAAACACAAUAAACUCUUCAACAUCGACCUCAUGCCAGGCACAUCAAUCAAUCAAUCAAUCAAUCAAGGGGGAGCCUCGAUGGUGUGAGGGAUGGAAAAAAUGGACGUCCAUACUGCAUCAAGGUCUUCAAGCGGUGCCAAAUUCCCUUGGGAGAUCGAAUUUGCGCUGUGUCUCUCCGCAUUCGCCAAGUCAAGCAAAAGACCAAAGUAGGGCCAAAGAUUUUAAGUUAAACUUAUAGUUCUUUAUUUAAAUUUGAUUCAAAUAUGUACGUAGGGACUCGUUCUUCAAUCAUCUUCUCGUAUGCUGACGUAAGAUGGUAGAAGGGACAGGAAAGGCUACUUUCUCCAUUUGAAUGUGAACGUAGGGACUCGUUCAUCAGCAUUCUCUAUGACGUAAGAUCCUAAAAGAGAACAAUAAAGGUUCCAGUUUAGUUUUUGGAUAGAACAACUUAAACAAGAACACUAAGUUAGCCCCAGGAAUUUACAACUAAGUAGUUCUAGAUGUGUUUCUCACUUUCAUAGAAAACACGACUUUUGGCGCACGGUGCACGAGUUCAGUACGCAGCACGUGA